AUGGCGGCCUCCAGCGGGCUCUGGAGCUGUGAGGACCCGAGCCGCUGGGCCACCGUCCUGGCGCUUCACGGGGAGGUGCUGCGGGCGCGCGCGGGCUCCCAGGGCCGGCUGGAGACCCUGGAUCGGUGGUAUCGAGAGGAGUUGCCCGCGGCCAUCGGGGGUCGUGCGGAGAAGCACGUGACACGAGACGAGCUGGAGAGGCUGUUGGCGUGGAAACUUGCGAGGGGCCGAUUCCGGCCGCGCCUGCAGCAGCUGGUAGCCUCCAACCCCCCGGAGCUCGUGGUGCAGUGCUCAGCCGCUGCCUUCCGCCUCCUGCCCGACGUGCUGGCGGCCGUCACAGAGCUGUGUGCUCUCCGCGGUGUGGGCCCUGCCACGGCCUCAGCAGUCCUUGCAGCCGGAGCUCCUGAAGCAGCAGCUUUCAUGUCAGAUGAGGCGGUGGCUGCGGUGCCCAGCCUGUCUGCCCUGCAGUAUACGCUCCAGCACUACCAGCUAUACCUGGGCCAGGUGCAGGAGCGUGCCGCGGCUCUGAACCGAGUCAGUGUCUCUGGGCCAUGGACCCCACACCUCGUGGAGACAGCACUGUGGACUUGGGCCGUGGGGCAGCAGCUGUGCCCAGGCGUGCUGCCUGACCUCGGCCCUGGCACGGCCAACGUUGGUGACACCAGGCCAGCCAAGAGGCGCAGGACCCAGACCGACUGACCUGGGCCGUGGCAGGGCCUGCUUCCCUGACGUGGCAGCUGUGCGUGUAGCAGGGCACCAGUCAGAGGACGGCGCCCUCAGAGCUCAAUAAACCUGUGCUGAACGUACCCCUGCCUGUAAGGCCACGGUUCCCUUCCCAGGAG